GAGGAAUCAUGAUGCCGAGGACUGUCCUGUCCAGGUGCGCGCGCCUGACGCAGCAGGUGCCGCUGGAAAGCGCGCUCUCCGGCAAACAAAGUGUUCAGCGUGGGAUGUCGUCUCUCAGCGUCCCUCCACCGGCCUGCAUGCUCCGGCCGCUCGAGGCUCCGUUGCGGUACUUGUUUGGACCAGGACCAUCCAAUGUGCCGCCUCGUGUUUUGGCGGCAGGAGGGAGACCUAUAAUAGGUCACAUGCACUCGGAAAUGUUCGGGAUUAUGAAUGAGAUCAAGCAGGGAAUUCAGUAUGCUUUUCAGACCAAUAACAGCAUGACUCUGGCCAUGAGUGGCUCUGGCCACACAGCAAUGGAGUGUGCAGUGUUCAACAUCGUGGAGCCCGGAGAAAGCGUUUUGGUUGCAGUUAAUGGAAUCUGGGGGGAACGAGUCGCAGAAAUUGCAGAGCGCAUGGGUGCAAAGGUUCACACAUUGGCAAAAGCACCAGGAGGACAUUUCACAAAUGCAGAAAUUGAACAGGCUCUGGCCAAACAUAAGCCAGUUCUCUUCUUUCUCACACAUGGAGAGUCAUCAGCUGGUUUGGUGCACCCAAUGGACGGAAUUGGAGAUGUGUGUCGCAAACACAACUGUUUGCUUUUAGUGGAUUCAGUGGCAUCAUUGGGAGCUGCUCCACUUUUAAUGGACCAACAAAAAAUCGAUAUCCUGUACACUGGAUCCCAAAAGGCCUUGAAUGCUCCACCCGGCACAGCGCCGAUUUCAUUCAAUGAAAGAGCAUGCCAGAAGAUGUUUAACAGGAAAACAAAACCAGUGUCCUACCUCCUUGAUAUGAACUAUUUGUCCAAUUACUGGGGUAAUGAUGGCAAACCAGACAGAAUAUACCAUCACACAGGACCUGUGUCUGGUUUCUUUGCCCUGAGGGAAAGUCUAGCCAUCCUUGCUGAAACGGGUCUUGAGAACUCAUGGAGGCAUCACACAGAGGUCGCACAGCAUCUCUGGAAGGGCUUGGAAGAUCUGGGAUUGAAGCUGUUUAUUAAGGACAAGGAUCUGAGAUUGCCCUCAGUCACCACCAUUGCCAUUCCUGAGGGGUAUAACUGGAAGGAACUGCUGGCUUACAUAAUGAAGCAUCACCAGAUCGAGUUUACAGGAGGACUCGGGCCCUCCGUUGGCAUGGUAUUGCGGAUUGGGCUCAUGGGAUACAACUGCAAAAAGACCAAUGCUGAUAAGGCUCUUGCAGCUCUUGAAGACGGUUUAAAGCAGUGUCGAAAAAGCAAAGCCUAAAGACCUGCAAUUUUUGCUGUAUUUUGUGAUGCUUGUAGUAUAAAAAUGGCCUGCUGAUGUAAAUGAAGAGCUAUUAUAUUUAAUGUGUUCAUAACAGUUGCUGUAAUGGAGCCUAUGUUGAUUAGAAAUUGUACAUUAUGACUCCAUUUUAAUCAAAACCAAGCUAUUUUGAAUGGUGCUUCUCAUUGUCCUUUGUAACAUUACAAGCAUCUCUCCAGCACUUGAAUGACCCUCCGAAAAAAAAAAAAAGAAUUUAUUGAGAAAUAAAUCAUGAAUAUAAAUUGAA